GCUGGCAUUGCAUCACUGUGGAAGAAGCCCGGACUGCGGCUCUGUUUUCACAGCCCUUCUCACGCAGCAGCCAAAGACACAUCAGAGUCCAUCCUCCUUGUCUAGUUUUUUCAGUUCCAUCAGAUGUCAGUUCAUCAGACGUCCUUUAGUCCGAAAAGGUGAACUAUUAGAAAAUGGAAUCACCUCAAACAUGCUGUGAACAGGGUCAUCAAAACCUUGAAGUCAUGAAGGCAGGCAUGUUUCUGCGUAAGGUGAAGUCUCGUAUGUGGAAGCGUCACCGGCACUACAAACUUCAGGAGGACUGCAAGACUAUCGCAUAUAAAUCAAGCUGGGCAAUAAACUCUUAUUCUACCUUCUCCAUCAGUGAUGUGGAGGCUGUUCGUGAGGGACAUCAAUCCGAGACGCUCCUCAGUGUGGCAGAUGAGUUUCCUGCCGACCGAUGUUUUACUCUGGUGUUUCGCGGCCGUAGAGGAAACAUAGACCUGGUGGCUGAUUCAGCGAAGGAAGCUCAGGCCUGGAUUCAGGGCAUCAAAGCCCUCAUGGAGAAUAUGGAGAACAUGGAUGAGAGCACCAAACUUGACCAAUGGAUCUCAGACUGGUUUUUGAAAGCAGAUCUAAACAAGGAUGGCAGAAUUAAUUUUAAGGAGGCAAAAAAAUUACUGAAAAUGAUGAAUGUGGACAUGAAUGAAGAACAUGCAUGCUGCCUUUUUAUGUUGGCAGAUAAGUCUGAGUCAGGAUCCCUGGAGGAUCAGGAGUUUGUGGAGUUCUAUAAAAUGCUUACCAAGAGAACAGAGGUGCUGGACUUAUUCGAGGAUUAUUCUAGUAAUGGACAGAGUCUAUCCCAGUGUGAUUUGGAGGAGUUCCUGAGAGAGGAGCAGCUAGAAGGGGAGGGCAGUUAUAAACAUGCCCUUCAGCUGAUCGAUCGCUAUGAGCCUUCAGAUACGGCCAGAAUGAAUCACUCGAUGUCAAUCGAUGGGUUCCUAAUGUACCUGACGUCUCCUGAGGCAUCCAUCUUUAAUCCAGAGCGGCAGGGCCUUUUUCAAGACAUGAGCCAACCUCUGGCCCACUAUUACAUCUCCUCAUCACACAACACUUAUCUGAUGGAGGACCAGCUAACAGGACCAAGCAGCGUUGAAGCCUACAUCCAGGCACUGAAACGAGGCUGCAGGUGUGUAGAGGUGGACUGCUGGAAUGGAACAAAUGGGGAGCCAGUAGUUUACCAUGGACACACACUGACAUCUAAGAUUCUCCUCAAAGAUGUGAUUACAACUAUCGCAAAUUAUGCCUUCAAGGCAUCUGAGUAUCCACUCAUUGUGUCCAUUGAAAACCACUGCAGCAUAGAGCAACAGGAAGUCAUGGCUCGAUACUUCAGAGACAUUCUGGGUGAUAUGCUACUGACGAAAACAGCAGAUGGAGUCUCCAGUGAACUGCCAUCCCCAGAGGCACUUAAGAGGAAAAUCCUGUUGAAAGGAAAGAAGAUUAGAAACGAGUCAGAAAGCCCCACAGGUGAAGUCAGCGAUGAAGACGAGGCAGCAGAAAUGAAGGACAGUCCGGCAUCGGAGAGUCCACCAACAGAUGCCAAGAAAUCGAAGCAAAAUCUGUGCAAGGAGCUCUCGGACCUAAUGUUUUGUAAGAGCGUACAUUUCCACAGCUUCGAACAUUCCCGCACCUCUGCUAAGCCUGAUGAGAUGUCGUCGUUCUCUGAGUCUAAAGCCCGUAAAUAUUCAAAGGAAGCAGGUUCAGAAUUUGUGCUGCAUAACACAAGGCAACUGACAAGAGUGUAUCCAAGUGGAAUGAGGACGGAUUCAUCAAAUUAUUGUCCAGUGGACAUGUGGAACAUGGGAUGCCAGAUUGUGGCAUUAAACUUCCAGACAGCAGGAAUGGAAAUGGAUCUUAAUGAUGGAUUGUUUACUCAGAACAGCAGCAGUGGCUACAUCCUAAAACCUGAGAUCCUUCGCAAAAGUGAGAGACUUUUUGAUCCUGAAAAUCCGGAGGAACGUGAAGAUUACCACCCUCUACUGUUCAAUGUUAAGGUAUUAAACAAUAUUCGUGUUUCCUCUGCAAGUUUGAGUUUGUAUUUGUUGAUUCGUUCUGUUUCCAUCUCUUUCAAGGUUAUCAGUGGACAACAGCUCCCUAAAGUAAAGCAAAAAGAAUGGUCCAUUGUUGACCCCCUUGUAAGGGUGGAAAUUUAUGGCGUUCCUUUGGACCAAGCCAAACAGGAGACCAAAUACAUUGACAACAAUGGAUUCAACCCACACUGGAACGAAACAUUACAGUUCAAAAUCCACACCCCUGAGCUAGCACUGGUUCGUUUUGUAGUUGAAGACUAUGAUAAAGCAUCAAGGAAUGACUUCAUAGGGCAAUACACUCUACCUUUUACCUGUAUUCAACCAGGAUAUCGUCAUGUGCAUCUGUUGUCCAAAGACGGAACAAGUAUCCAUCCAUCCUCCAUCUAUGUUCAUAUCACAAUCAAAGAGCUGUAAUUCUAGGUGUUCACAAUUAUAGGAGUUUUAUUUACAAUGCUGGAAACUUGUUCUGAAGAGCUAAUAUUUCUCAGACAAAUAUGUAGUUUGCUGUAAAAAUGUAGAGAAAGCAUAGAGAAAACCUUUGAUCCUCUGCUUUGCUUAAAAAUACUUGAACAAAUGUUGGCAAUCACUUAAACAAACCAAAACAUUAUUUAAUCACUUGCAUUAAAACAAAACAGUAUAGCAACUAGCAUUACUUUUUAAGAUGACCUCUACAGUAGUUGCAUGGUGUUAGUAGUGCCUUGUUGUUCAAAUAGACCUUCAAGAAUGGUGCAGAAAAGCUUUUUCAGUAAAAGCAAUUUUUAUUUUAAUUAUUUAUCUAUGCAAUACUGAGUGAACUGUUGAUAAAAAAAAAAAAAAAAUCAAUUUUUCAGUUUGAAGGUUAUACAAUCAAGGAAAUGAAAUCCUUAAGGUUGUACAUUAUCUGAAUGAAUUUAACUGAGCAUGGUAAAGUUCCUUUUAUAAAUAACCUGAAAUCAAGUGUUCAAUGUAAUUGACUCUUAUAUUCUCAUUAUGUAUGUACAUGUC